AUGGCGCUGGUGCAGGCCAAGCACCUCCGCAACAACCUGUUGCCUUCGGUGCAGGGGAGCCCACAGCAGGCCAUGCUGCAGGUGGGACCAAGAAACUUGAGUGUUCAAGCUCCCCUAAUGCUUUUAAUGAGUCCUGAGGGAGAAGUUUAUUGUUGUAAAUUUCACUCGAAUGGACCAACACUGGCAUCUGCAGGAUUUGAUCGAGCUGUAUUGUUUUGGAAUAUAGUAUAUGGCGACUGCAAUAAUUAUGCUACAUUGGAAGGUCACAGUGGAGCAGUGAUGGAAUUGCAUUAUAAUACAGAUGGCAGCAUGCUUUUUCCAGCAUCAACAGCCAAAACUGUGGCAGUGUGGGACAAUGAAAUGGAUGAAAGAAUCAAGAGGCUUAAAGGUUACACAUCCUUUGUGAAUUCAUGUUAUCCAGCCCGACGGGGACCACAGUUGGUCUGUGCAGGAAGCGAUGACGAAACAGUGAAUCUAUGGGACAUUCGGAAAAAGGCUGCAAUCCAUAAGUUUCAAAACAGGUACCAAGUACUGGCAGCAAUGUUUACUGACACAAGCGAUCAGAUUAUCUCAGAUGGUAUUGAUGACCGCAUUAAGGUUUGUGACCUCCGACAAAACAAGUUAAUUUGUACCAUAUGUGGUCAUACAGAUUCGGUGGCUGGUUUAACCCUGAGCGGGAUAAAAGAGAACAUCAUCAACCUCGCUGACCACAUCCUGGAAGCCGUAGAGAAGAUUCUAAGGGUCGGAGAACAGUACCGCGACUACAAUCCCUCGGGAGGAUGGUGGAUGUUCGAGGGGUGGAAUAUUAUAUGAGAAUUUUGCCAGAACAGUCUGUGACCCAUAGUGCUGUGGCCUUAGCGCUAUGUUUAAAACCCACAGCGCUGUGGCCGGUAGAGCUAUAUUUAGAACCCAUAGCGCUGCAGCCGACAGCUCUCUGUUUAAAUUCCCACGCAUUAAGCUGACAGCGCUUUGUUCAAAAUUUUGCUCGCCAAACUGGCAGCGCUGUGUGUAUUACCUUUCCGCAACAAGUCUGUAGCGCUGUGUAUUGCUUUACGUGCCAGUCUGCGGCUGAUAGCACUUUGUUUCCCAAAGGGUGAGGGGGUCUUGCUGGGAUGCAGUCCCCUGCCAUUGGUUAUAGUUUAAAUUUGGGAGCAGCACUAUUGGCCAGGACUUACCAGCAGUUAUUUCAACAGCUGAUUUCUUACCUGUAUAAAGGCAGGCGCCAGUAAGCCAGGUUACUUCAAAUUCAUGUACGAGAGGGAUUCACCGACUGGCUUCGUCGCGAUCUGUGCCACGGA